AUGUCGUUGCUGCCUUGGAAUAUGGGUAGGCCUUUGGUGUGGGACGCGACGUGUGUAGACACCCUUGCGCCAUCACAUCUUUUAAGCACCGCUGCAUGCGUUGGUGCAGCUGCUUCCGCGGCAGAGGCCCUCAAACGGCGUGAAUAUUCAAAUCUAGUGGGUAACUACUGUUUUGAGCCGUUUGGGGUCGAAACACUUGGGCCAUGGGGUCCCAGUGCACACUCUGUGUUUAAAGACAUCGCCCGUAGGCUAAUCGACUCUACACGUGACCAGAGGGCUGGCUUUUUCUUCGGACAGAAAAUAAGCAUUGCCAUUCAACGUGGCAAUGCUGCCAGUCUUCUGGGAACUUUCCCCUGUAAUAGUGAUGCGGACGAAUACUUUGACGCCUAA